UCUCUUUUGAACGUCUCGUUACCCUCCCUGGCUUGGUGUGCUUUAUAGGUGAAGAACAAAUGCUACAGGAUACACUUUCAAUUAUUUGUAUAUCCUUUUUUACGGCAUUUUUGGGAGAAGGCUUGACUUGGCUUUUUGUAUACAGGACUGAAAAGUACCAGAAGUUAAAGGCUGAAGUAGACAAACAAUCAAAACGUUUGGAAAAGCAACGGGAUGUUACGGAGUCAGCUAUUGAUCGUACAGCUAAAAAGCGUUUAGAAAAACAAGAAGAACGAUUCAAAAACAUUAAUCGAGAGUUGUCCUUAGUUAAAAUGAAAUCUAUGUUCGCAGUUGGACUUAUAUUCACUUCAUUAUUCAAUGUAUUUAGUAGUCUGUAAGUCUACAGUGUUUUACAGAUGAUAACUUUAAUGUAUAAAGCCAAAUAAAUUUUGUGAUAAUCCUAUAGUACUGAUGUAACUGUGAAUGAGUGUGUUGCGUUCUGCAUCUCGAAAAGUUCUCUAGCCUCGUGUUUAUAGCUUGUUCCC